GCGGCCUACAACCGGGGAAAGCACAAACAAGCCGAGCGCCAACACCAUGAGGACACAAGCUGUCGUGCUCGCCUACUCGCUGUUGGCAUCCGCGCUGCUGUGCAGGUGCGCCGCGGCCUCGCCGGCGUUCAUCGUCGGGAAGCUCGUCAUGGGCGGGGUGGAGUUACGCCGUCCCAUGAUCGACACCAUGACGGCGAAUCAGUCUGCACCACUGCAACUUUCGAUGGCGGCGAGCGAUGGGCAUGUGAAUGGACUCCAGCUGAACUGGUUCUCCUUGCUCCCGGAAAUAACCUCACAGCUGGGCCGGAGCCAUCCUCUUGCGGAACAAGGGAUAGUGCUCGAUCACCUGCUCGUGUUUUUGGUGCUCUUCGUUGUGUACAUUUUCCGCUGAUUUCGAGGCAGUUCCAAAUCUUCUCCGGUUUAUACUCAGAUGUAUUAUAUGUGCUGUGUACUAUAUUUAAUGUCCUGCGCAAGCAGUAGAACUAAUAAUAAUCUGAUACUCCCUACGUUUUUUAUAUAAAGCGUAUUUAUUUUUUUAAUAAAAUUUCACAAUGUAA